CUACCGCCUCCUGGGACACCUUUCUCAUGCUAUGGAAUUUGAAGCCACAAGCUAGAGCUUACAGAUAUGUGGGUCACAAGGAUGUUGUAACCAGCGUGCAGUUUUCUCCACAUGGAAACUUACUGGCAUCUGCCUCCCGAGACAGAACCGUUAGACUCUGGAUUCCUGAUAAGAGAGGGAAAUCCUCAGAAUUUAAAGCUCACACAGCUCCAGUGCGAAGUGUGGACUUUUCAGCUGAUGGCCAGUUUCUGGUUACAGCUUCUGAAGACAAAUCCAUCAAAGUAUGGAACAUGUACCGCCAGCGCUUCCUGUAUUCCUUGUACCGACACACACACUGGGUACGCUGUGCCAAAUUUUCACCUGAUGGGAGACUAAUUGUGUCAUGCAGUGAGGAUAAAACUGUUAAAAUUUGGGAUACCUCAAAUAAGCAGUGCGUUAAUAACUUCUCAGACACUGUAGGGUUUGCAAAUUAUGUCGACUUUAACCCCAGUGGUACAUGUAUAGUUUCAGCAGGAUCUGAUCAUACUGUGAAAAUCUGGGAUAUAAGAGUGAACAAAUUACUUCAGCACUAUCAAGUUCACAAUGGUGGAGUUAAUUGUAUAUCGUUCCAUCCUUCCGGGAAUUACCUCCUCACUGCCUCCUCGGAUGGUACACUUAAGGUUCUGGAUCUCUUAGAAGGAAGACUCAUAUAUACACUUCAAGGACAUAUGGGACCUGUCUUUACUGUUUCAUUUUCAAAAAGUGGAGAGCUGUUUUCGUCAGGAGGCGCAGAUACACAGGUCUUAUUGUGGAAGACUAACUUUGAUACAUUGCACUGUAAAGAUCUUAAUAAAAGAAAUCUCAAAAGACUGCAUUUUGAUUCGCCACCACACCUUCUGGAUGUCUAUCCUAGAAUACCACAUCCCCAUCAGGGAAAAAUUGAGACUAUUGAAAUUAAUCCAAAGCUUGAGGUAACUGAUUUGCAGAUUUCUUCUCCUCCCGUUGUGGACAUCCUUUCUUUUGAUUCUACCACAACAACAGAAACCACUGUUAGAACCAUGCCAGUCAGGGGUGAAGAGAUCUGUGGAUUCUUCUUGAACCCUUCCUUAACAUCACCAGAAUGUUCACCAGCAACUGUGAAAAAGAAAACAGAAGACAUGAGCGACCUGCCCUCUGAGAGUCCAAGAAGUGUCCCACUCGCUGUGACAGACGCCUUGGAGCAUAUUAUGGAACAGCUGCAUGUUUUGACACAGACUGUUUCCAUUUUGGAGCAGCGACUGACUUUAACAGAGGAUAAGCUGAAAGACUGCCUUGAAAACCAGCGAAAGCUUUUCAGUGCCAUCCAGCAGAGGAGCUGAACGGGGAGGUGUGAGCAGAGGCCCAGCAAGUGAGCACAGAAACGCGUCCUCAGGAAGGGAGCGCAGGCCGCUCCCUCCCGCCACCUGCACCCCGCCCUGACAUUCCUCCCUGGGCAAGCAUCAGAUCCAGAGGCCGAAGAGCCACACUUAAGGACAAUUUCAACACGUGAAUCAAUGUCAGUGACUCAUUUAAAUCCCCAGUUAUGACAGCAGUAAUAAACUGAUAAGCAUUCAAGUGUCUCUGCAUUUCCCCCCAUAUUAUUUUAAAUGUCAGUUUUCUUUAGAGUCCAAACCCUGCCAGGAAAGUAACCAAAUCUCUGUAUUUCCUUGUCUAAUCAUUGAGAUGUACAUGCUCAGGCAAUUUCUUAAUUAGUGCAUUUCUUUAGUGAACACGCUUUUGGAGUGAAAUGAUUCACUUGGUUCUAAAACAGCACCCUAAAUGUAGAGAAUGAGUUAUUGAUCUAACUCGUAUUUCUUUCAGCUCAAAAAAAAAAGAAAAAGUAUCCUCUUACUAAUGCUUAGCAAAGAUGAUCUAAUAAAAAUUUCCAGGACACAGGAUUUCCACAGCAGAAAUACACUUAUUUUAAUUAGCAACAAACACAUACAGGGCAUAGGGCAAUGUGCUUUUAUUCAGUUUAUGUCCGCAUUGUUCAUCCAGUGGCCAGCCGGAGGGAAAAUGAAGUCAGAAGCACAUGUAGCCCAUGUGUCUUUGCAUCACAGAUGCAUGCACAGAACGAUUUGGGUCAUCCUGAACCGAUGGUCACAGCCCGAAAAGAUUAUGGUAGUGUGAUUUCAGAUUAUGUGAGUGUGAUAUACACGUGUGUAUAUUUUUAAAUAUAACUGUUGCACUAUUCUGGCUUUGUGAAUACAUGCACUUCAGAAAUAUUGUUGUGUGGGUUGAUUUUGGCCACUGAAUAACCAGUGCUUUAAAAAAAAACCCAAACAUAUUUGCAUCAUCAUAUUUGCAUCAUUUUUAAUGAAUUAUGAUUUGAAACAAAAUGAAAAUGAGGCAGGCCUUCUAAAAGAUCUUAGUUACAAAUUAAGGCUUUUGUUUUAUCUUAAACAAAAUUGAGAUAAAAGUCUAAAAAGCAGGGAAAUUAAUUGUUGCUUGCUUUUCCAUUGAACUGUAUCAAGAAUGAAGGUGAGAGAAGCUAGAUUUGAAUGCUCUAUUUUAGAAAACAAAAAAAAGGAGAGUCCUUUUUAUGUGGGAUUCAGUAUUUAGAAACUUUUCCCAAAGCAAUUUCAAUUGUACCUAUGAGUUGCUUUUUUUAUCAUCAUACUGUAUAUUGUAAGUACAUUUUAUAUCAUAUUAAAUGUGAUCUUCUAAGUCUUUUCAAGAGUUUGCAAAGACUAAGUGACAUUAUAUUUUUAAAACUUCAUCAAGAAGAAAUGUCAUGCCAACUUUUGUUUACUCUUUUUUAUAUUUCCAACAAUAAAGACAUUUUUCCUUUAAAAACAAAA